AGCAGCGCGCUUCCGGCCUGAGAAACCGUCGCGCUUUUGAGGAGGCACUUCAACUGGCAGUUACCACCGCACUAGAAACCUCCCAAUCGGCCACUUCUAUCACCAGCGCCACCAUGGGAGCUGUGCUGGGCGUUUGCUCCCUCGCCAGCUGGGUCCCAUGCCUCUGUGGUGGUGCAUCAUGUCUGCUGUGCAGUUGCUGUCCCAACAGUGAGAAUUCCACAGUGACUCGCCUCAUCUACGCUUUUAUUCUCUUCCUGGGUGCCGUUGUAUCCUGUACUAUGCUGACCGAACCGAUAGAAAGGCAGCUGAAGAAGAUUCCUGGAUUCUGUGAAGGAGAAUUUAAUUUCAAGGUGGCUGAUCUAAAGGCAGAUAAAGAUUGUGAUGUGCAGGUCGGCUUUAAAGCUGUGUAUCGGAUCAGCUUUGCCUUGGCCAUCUUUUUCUUUGCCUUUUCUCUGCUCAUGAUAAAAGUAAAAACGAGUAAAGAUCCCAGAGCAGCAAUACACAAUGGGUUUUGGUUCUUCAAAAUUGCUGCCAUUGUUGGUAUCAUGGUUGGAUCUUUCUACAUCCCUGGGGGCCAUUUCACCACAGCCUGGUUUGUUAUUGGCAUGAUUGGAGCCUUCUUAUUCAUCCUUAUCCAACUGGUGCUGUUGGUGGACUUGGCUCACUCUUUGAAUGAAUCAUGGGUAAAUCGAAUGGAAGAAGGAAACCCAAGGCUCUGGUAUGCUGUGUUACUGUCUGUCACAAGCAUCCUGUAUAUCUUCUCAAUCAUCUGUUUCGGUUUGCUCUAUGCGUACUACACCAAACCAGAUGGCUGCACAGAAAACAAGUUCUUCAUCAGCAUUAAUCUAAUCUUUUGCGUUAUCGUCUCUAUUAUAUCAAUCCUUCCAAAAAUUCAGGAACACCAGCCUCGUUCUGGUCUCCUGCAGUCCUCUGUUAUCACCGUUUACACCAUGUACCUCACGUGGUCCGCCAUGACCAACGAGCCUGAUCGUUCCUGCAACACAGGUCUGUUGAGCAUCAUUACACACAUGACCGCACCCACCUUGGCUCCUGGAAAUACAACUGCUGCAGUCCCUACCUCUGCGCCACCAUCACAGAGUGGGCAUUUUCUGGAUAAACAUACAUUUGGGGGGCUGAUAAUCUCUGUUAUCUGCCUUUUGUAUUCUAGCUUCCGCACUUCCAGCAACAGCCAAGUAAGUAAGCUGACCCUGUCGGGAAGUGAAAGUGUGAUCCUUCGUGACACAGCUGCCAACGGGGCCGGCGAUGAAGAAGACGGACAGCCUCGGCGGGUUGUGGACAACGAGAAGGAGGGAGUUCAGUACUACUACUCUGUCUUCCACUUCAUGCUCUUCCUGGCGUCCUUGUACAUCAUGAUGACCGUGACCAGCUGGUACAGCCCCGAUACAGAGUUCCAGAAUGUGACCAGCAAGUGGCCGGCUGUGUGGGUCAAGAUCAGCUCCAGCUGGGUCUGCCUCCUCCUCUACGUCUGGACCCUUGUGGCUCCACUUGUCCUCACCAAUCGAGACUUCAGCUGAACCUGAGUGCCGGGGCACCUCCGAAGGUCCUAACGGCUUCCUUUGCUGAAAGCCCCAUUCCUUUUGCUUCAACUAAAAGAGUCAGCAAACGCUUUGCGCAUUUGACUGUGUUGAGGAUUGUGCCCGAGGGCAAGGUUGAAGGAUCAUGGACUCGGGACCUGAGCUCAUUUACAUAUAUAUUACAUUUAUUUUUAAGGCUACAGAGUAAAGGGAACAUUUUUGCACUGUAAAGUGAAACUACAGCUGUGCUGUGAAGAGAGUUCUUUAUUAAGACCUGUAGGUUCCUACAACUUUGAUUUAAAAUGUAAGAUAGAAAAAUAUUGGAUAUUUGAGGCCCACAUUAAUAUAUUUCUAUUGCAGUAUCCUUAAAGAACAGGUAAAAAGUAACAGUGUAUUUCUAGGACAGGUUUCCUCUAUGACAGUCUCUACCUGUGUGGUACUGGCACCCUGUUCAGUCCUUAAACUCUUAAGAGGUGCAGCAUCCCAGCACUUGGGCAAAGGAGUGUGUGUGUGGGUCCUUCCCCAGAGGGCUUGCUGGUAGGGCUACUGCUUCUGCAUCUUGAGUUUCUUUGUUUUUUUUAACACUAUGGCAUUAAUGCUGCUUGUUUCAAGUCUGGCUUUGCCAGUACAUUAAUUUCAAAAAAUGCUUUGUAGGUUUGGUUAAAAUGAAGAUUCACUUGGGAAAACACUGCAACUUUAGUCUAUGUAAUUAAUUAUGUUAUGAAUAUGUAAAAGUAAAAUGCAUGUGAAUUUAUUAUAUUUGCACUAUAAGGUAUUUGAUUAAAAUAGACUUAAGCUUUUAAGGCCCUUUCUUUAACAGCUUUUAUGAAUUAGCAGCCAUUCUAUAUUUUUUAGAGUUAUGCAGGCAGUCAGAUUUAUCAGACAUCUAGCAGAAUGCACCUAUUCCUUCUAAAAAUUAAGGGCUACUGAGUAAAGUCUUAAACUCAUUAAAAAAUUGUACUGAUAAAUAUUGUUGGGCAAGACGCUUGGGUAGAAGAGAGGAAGGGGCAGGAACGUCAGGAGAGGAAGUGCACAAGGAGGUAGAAGUUUGUUCUUUCAACAAAGAUUGACUCUCUGUUCUUGACCAAACCAUCAGGUUCUGGGAUACAACACCUUCUUUGCCACCGCGGACUUAAGAGUUUCAAGGAGGGUGAAGAUGAGCUGCCACGUGGCGCCACGUGGCAUAAUUAGCGCUGCGCUUUAGGAAUUGCAGAGAGCCCAAAGAGGUGGUGCUGAGGUGGGGGUGUCGUGGUAGGCUUCCCGGGAAAGGGGACGCCUAAGCCAAGAACUGUUAGGCGUUGUUGAGAGCAAAACUGCAUGUUAAAGGCAGGGAGAUUUCUUUUAACUUGUUUAGUAAAGCUGGGGUAGGGAGAGAUGGGCCAGGGACUCAGUUAUAAAGGGCUUUGUAAACCGCAUGAGAGUUUGGUCUUUGCGUGGAGGGCAGUGGGGAGCGUACCCCACAGCGGGGUGAAUAAUUUGGGUCUUCAGCCACUGUCUAUCAGAGAAUGGGUUUAAAGAGAAAAAGACCAGGGCAGUCUGUGCAAGGUUUGAAACAGAAGUAAGAGUGAGGAUAGGGAGAAACUGACAGCUCAGAGCUAUUUAGUAAUUAAAAUUUAAAAAUUGGCAAUUGAUUGCAUCUGGCGGAGAAGUCGAUUCCUGAGUGAUUCUGGUUUAACCGACGGACUUGGUGGUAGUUCCAUUUGUAUGGUAGGGGCAGGGGAAGGGAAAGGCUGUGCCAGGGGAAUGGCGGUGUGUCCCUUAAGAAUGGCUGUGAGCGUAACGCUUGGAAGUCCGACUCUGUGUCAGUUUUGCCAUUUUCUGUCUGACAAAUAGCUAACAUCCAUUGAAUAUACACUAAGCUUUAUGACCCCCGGGCAAAUGACUACCUGUCUGAGCCUCAUUGUUUUCUCCGAACAAAA